CAUAUACAUUGCAAGAAAGUUUGAGCUAUAUAAGUAGCUAGCUAGGUACCUUUGAGUUUAAAUGUAAAGAGAGAUUACUUGAAAGGAGAUACGUUUGGGAGUAGUAGCAAAAGAAAACGCAUUUUUCUCUUCUCCUCAAUUUGUUACAUCUCUCUCUCUCAUUCAUGUUCUAUUUGGGAACUUCAUAACUUUUUCUAUUCUAGGCUUUCUGGUUUGUUUGAUUAUACAUGCUUUGGUAAAGAAAACCUUUGAGGAGUUAUAAGACAAAAUAUUUAGUAGUGAUCGAUACACAUAUAAAAAACAAACACAUACAUACAAAAAAAGAGUUUGAGAAAAGUACUUUGGUACCAAAAGGGUGAUUUUUGAGGUAGUGGCUUCAUUUUGAGGAGGAAAAAGAUGGCUGCUUUCUUGUCAACUUGGCCCUGGGAUAACUUGGGAAAAUAUAAGUAUGUGGUACUUGGUCCUCUGUUUGCAAAAGCUUUCCAGUCAGUCGUUUAUGAGGAUUUUCAGAAAUAUAGCUGGUGUGUCCAUGUUGUGGUGUUAUAUCUAGCCAGGUGUCUCAUUUAUCAACUGUGGAGCUCCUAUUCUAACAUGCUUUUCUUAAUAAGAAACCGAAGAAUCCUUCAACAAGGUGUUGAUUUCAACCAGAUUGACAAAGAGUGGAACUGGGAUAAUUCAUUAAUGCUUCAUACUCUGAUGGCUUUCAUUGGCUGCUAUAUCUUCCCAUUUCUUCAAAGUCUUCCUUUGUGGGAUUCAAAGGGGCUUAUCACGGUUCUAUUACUUCAUAUUGGAAUAUCAGAGCCUUUAUUCUAUUGGGUCCAUAGAUGUUUUCACAAGGAUUAUCUUUUCACUAAUUACCAUUCUCUUCACCAUUCUAGCCCAGUACCUCAACCCUUUACAGCUGGAAAUGCAACAGUAUUAGAGAAUAUGGUUUUAGGUAUCAUCAUAGGGAUUCCUGUAAUGGGUUCUUCUCUCUUGGGAUAUGGAUCAAUAGCAUUGGUAUAUGGCUAUGUUUUGGUAUUUGAUUUUCUGAGAUGUUUGGGGCAUAGCAAUGUUGAAGUUGUUCCUCACAAGGUGUUUGAGAAAAUGCCAUUUCUUAGAUAUAUUUUGUAUACUCCAACAUACCACAGCCUACACCAUACUGAGAAAGAAACCAAUUUCUGCCUCUUUAUGCCUCUCUUUGAUGCACUAGGGAACACAUUGAACCCUAGUUCAUGGGAGUUGCACAAUAAAAUAAGUAGCAAUGCAGCAGGUAAAAAUAGCAAGGUACCAGAUUUCGUAUUCCUAGCCCAUGUGGUGGAUAUCACGUCUGCAUUACAUGUGCCCUUUGUGUUCCGGUCACUUGGAUCAUUGCCAUACUCGAUGAGGAUCUUCUUUUUGCCAAUGUUGCCUUGGGUUUUUCUAGUAAUGUUAGUAAUGUGGCUUAGGUCCAAACCAUUUGUGCUCACCUUCUACAAGCUCAGGAACAGGCUGCACCAAACAUGGGUUGUGCCUAGAUUUGGCUUUCAGUAUUUCAUACCAUUUGCUACUGAGGGAAUCAACAAGCAAAUAGAGAAGGCCAUUCUUAGAGCUGAUAACUUAGGAGUUAAGGUUAUUAGCCUUGCUGCAUUAAAUAAGAAUGAAGCCCUGAAUGGUGGUGGGACACUGUUUGUCAACAAGCACCCAAACCUCAAAGUUCGAGUUGUUCAUGGUAACACCUUAACUGCAGCUGUUAUUCUAAAUGAGAUUCCAAAAGAUGUCAAAGAAGUCUUUUUAACUGGAGCCACUUCUAAGCUUGGAAGAGCCAUUGCUCUCUACCUUUGCAGAAGAAAAGUUCGAGUCCUUAUGCUGACUCUAUCAACAGAAAGGUUUCAAAAUAUUCAGAAAGAAGCUCCAGCUGAUUGCCAACCCUACCUUGUUCAAGUCACAAAGUACAAUGCAGCCCAGAAUUGCAAGACUUGGAUAGUUGGGAAGUGGAUAACACCAAGAGAGCAAGGGUGGGCCCCAGCUGGGACACACUUUCAUCAAUUUGUGGUGCCACCAAUCUUAUCCUUCAGAAGAGACUGCACUUAUGGUGACCUUGCAGCCAUGAGGUUGCCUGAAGAUGUUGAAGGACUUGGAACUUGUGAGUACACCAUGGAGAGAGGAGUUGUGCAUGCAUGCCAUGCCGGUGGAGUGGUGCAUUCACUAGAAGGAUGGACUCAUCAUGAAGUUGGAGCCCUUGAUGUGGACAGAAUCGACCUUGUGUGGAAUGCUGCACUUAAACAUGGCUUGAAACCUGUUUCAUCAGCAUCCAACCUCACCAAUUCUCACUAGAAUUUCUUAGCCUGAAAAAGAUUGAAACCCAAAAAAAAAAAAAAAAAAACCAAAAUUGAAUCACUGUUUUUUCUUUUUACUUUUUUCAUAAAGGUUGGGUAACAAUGUGUAAGGUGUACUAUUAUGAUUCACCUAAAAAUGUUGCCUUUUUAUGUAGUAGAAACAUUCUAUUCAAUCAACAUAUAUGAAUACAUAUAUAUGAAUGAAGCAAGUUAAGUUAUAAAUA